AUGACCACUGAAUUACAUUAUAUUUCCAUAGAUUAUUAUACACAAAAGGAAAGUAAUAAUUGUGAACUUUAUUAUGAAUUAAACAAUGAACAAUAUCUUGAUGAAAGAAAUAAUAAUGUUAAUUUUAAUUCAAUUGUAACAAUUGAUAAUUCUUCUAUUAUUUGUCAAAAAUUAAUUACAGAAAAAAAUACAUCAUAUGCUAUUUCAUUAAAUUUUACUAAAGUAAAAAAAGAAACAAAAUUAAAGAUGGAUUGUGAAUCAAUUAAUGAAAGAGGAUUUGGUAAUGCUAAUGGUACAAGCUACAUUGAAAAAAGGUAUUCACUUGCCUUUGCCAGAAAUAUUUUUAAUAGAUAUGAUAUAACUGAACUUUUAUUAUUAGCACAAUACUCUAGAAAUAAUCAUUAUUGUUAUGCUGUUGAUUCAAAAUCUCCUGAUCUUUAUAAACAAAUGAAAAAAUUAGAAAAAUGUCUUCCAAAUGUUUAUGUAACAAAAAAACAAUUUGAUUUUCAGAAUAAUGGUAAAUUUAUAAGUAUUGGUCAUUUUGAAUGUAUGAAAUUAUUAUUAACAAAAAAAUGGAAAUAUUUAUUUCUUCUUCAGAUGGAUGAUAUUUCAAUAAAAUCUAAUCAUGAAAUUUUACAAAUUUUAGAAACUAUGGAUUUUCCUUUAGACAUUCAUAUUAAUGAUAAUGAUGAACAAAUUAAUAAUAAGUUUGAUAAUAAUCUUUCAUGGAGUUACAAAGAUCUUGAUAUAUUUUUAAAAGAUGACCAAAGAAGAUAUGAUUUAAAAAUAAUAAAUAAACAAAUAAAAUUUAAAUCAGGAAAUAUUCCUGUUGGUAUGGAAUAUGAUACAGUAUAUUAUAUUGUUAAUAAAAUUAAUAUAAAAAAUUUUUUGAAACAAUUAAAUACAAAUUUAAAAAGACAUGAUCAAUUGACGUGGCAGACAUUGUUAACAGAUGAUAUAUUAAAUAUUCCCAAUAAUAUACCAAAAAAAUGUAUUGAUAAAUAUUAUCCAAAAAAAAGUUAUUUAUCAAAAAAAAUAUUUCCACCAAAAAAAUUUUGUCCACCUGAAAUGAUUUUUCACAAAAUGUGUAUAUUAAAUGUUCGCCUACUGAAAGCUCUUGAAAAAGCAAAACAAUUUUUUGGAUUCAUGUUUGUGGCAAAUAAAGAUUUUGGUGCAUUAAAAUAUAUAUAUAAAUCUUUAAAUAUAAAUAAUAUUCUAAGUAGAUAUAAAAGGGAAGAAGUUGAAGAUGAAGAUGAUGAUAAGAAAGAAAGCAAGAAAAAAGGUAAAGAAUCUAAGUCAAAAAAACCCAAAAAUUCAGAUGAAGUUACAAGUGAUGAAGAUGUCACUUUUAAAGAAGAAUCAAAAAAUAAAAAAGGCAAAAAAGAAAAAAAAUCAAAAAAAACCACUACACCAGAUCCUUUUGAGAAUGAUGAAGAAUUUAAAAAACUUUUAAUGGAUUCAGGAGAAAAUAAUGAUAAGAAUCUCAAAAAUAUUCUGGAUGGAAAAAAUGAUAUGAAUAAUAUAGGUUAUAUGGGUAAUAUGAAUAAUAUGGGUAAUAUGAAUAAUAUGAAUAGUAUGGGUGGAAUGAGUGUUAUGGGUGGUAUGAAUGAUAUGGGUGGUAUGUAUGGAGGAAUGCCACCUGGAAUGGGUGGCAUGGGAAUGGAUUCAUCACCGGGUUUUGGUACUGCAAUGGCUGCGAACACGAUGGGAAUGGCUGGAAACUUACUUAUGCAAAGUAUGAUGCCAAUGGGAAUGGGUAUGGGUAUGAUGCCAAUGGGGAUGGGUAUGAGUCCGAUGGGUAUGGGUAUGGGGAUGUCUCCAAUGUAUGGAGGAGGUAUGAUGGGUGGUAUGAUGGGUGGUAUGAUGGCAAACAAUAUGAAUGCUAAUAAUAACGCUAAUAAUAACGCUAAUACCAACGCUAAUAAUAAUAAUUUAAACAGUCAAAACAAUAAUAAUGGCGGCCAAGAUAACAACCAUUUAGAUUUUGAUGAUAACGAUAAUGAUAGUGGUAUUCAAGAAUCACCUAGAAAUACAACUAUCAGAAAAACUAUUGCAUCUACUAAUAUGAAAGAAGGCAAUAUUAGUAAGCCAAUAUUAAGUGGUAAAAAAGAAGAUAAUGAAGCUAAACUUAAAUCUCAAAAUUCUGUAAUUAAAGAUGUUGACAAUGAUAAAGAUAAAGUUCAUAGUGAAAAUAGAAAAAAUUCCAUAAAAAAAGAUAAUGGUGAUAAUAAAAGAAAUUCCUUUAAAUUAGGCAGUUUAAAAAGAAAAAAAAGUUUAGAAGAAAAUAAAGAAGUAAAAAAAAGUUCCUCAUUUAGUGAAGGUCUAAAAAAAUUAAGUUUAAAAAAAAAUGAACCAAAAAAAAAUGAAAUAAUACGUGGUGGAUCUCUUAAAGUGAUGGGAUCAAGCAAUAAUCAAAAUACAUUUAAUAAAGAUUUAAAUCCAGUUAUUCGUCAUAAUAGUUUUCAUGGAAUGAGACCACCAAUGUUGCCAAGACCAGUAGUAUUUAGACGACCAGGUCCAAUUUUCUAUAUGAGAAGAACUUUUGGUAGAUGA